UUUUGAAUGGUCAGGUCUAGGGACUAGGGUCCAACUUGACCUCGCCCUAGCCUAGCCUGGUCUGGUAAGCUGUGGCUUUUCCUCAGACUUCCAGUCAUUCGGUGGGGUUUUCGCUUCAGUCCAGUCACGCCGGAAUUCUUUUCUUCAAAGGCAAGUCCUGCUGUAAACGAGGCCAUGUCUACCGGACUCGUUCCAUUCACAAGAGAAGAGGCAAGGUCUGUCUCAGGACCCAGUUUUAAAUCCAGUCAGAGGAAAAUGUUACACCUGCUCUUGGAGAGCGAGAAUUCUUUUACGGUCUGUCCAGAUUUCCCUAAAUCUCCAGGAGACAAACUCCUUGACUCCGCAAACCUAAGCAUUUUGUCUGGAGGAACCCCAAGACAUUGCCUUGAUCUUUUGAAUCUUAGCAGUGGGGAGAUGUCUGCCACUCAGUUUACCACGUCUGCCAAUCUUCAUGAAACUGGACCCUUGGAUUCUUCAGGACCUCAUGAAGUACAGUUAGUUGGGAAGAAUCAUCCCCAGGACCUUAUGAAAGGUAUCCCAGUACAGCUUCUUUGUAGUACUCCAAAUGCUUUGGACCAUGGCCACAGAAGGAAAGAUGCAACAUACAGCAUAUCAGCAAAUAAAGAAAAUGUUAAUACUACUCUGGAGUGGCAGGUACCUGGGACCCUGAGGUUUCAAAGCAGACCAGGAGAUCCUCUUGUGUCUCCCCUUUCAGUGCUGGACAAUAGAAAUUUGGUGGAAAAUGAAAUGAAAUAUCUGGGCAGUCCCAUUACUACAGUUCCAAAACUGGUUAAAAAUCUAAAGCUAGAAGAUCAAGAAGAGAUUUCAGAUGAACUGAUGGAAUUUUCUCUGGAAGAUCAAGAAGGUACCAAGUGCUCAAGUCUAAAAACAAUAGUCUCUCUAUGUGACAUUAAUGUCACUCAGAUGGAAGAGGAAGAUUCUUACCAGGGGCAUCUGAUUGGUAAUUUCUCCAGGGUGUGUGUGCUGCCAACCGUGUCAGGGAGGCACCAAGAUCUGAAGUACAUCAACCCAGAAACAGUAGCUGCUUUACUGUCUGGAAAGUACCAGGGUCUGAUUGAGAAGUUUUACAUCAUUGACUGCCGCUACCCAUAUGAGUAUCUGGGAGGACACAUCCAGGGAGCCUUAAACUUGUAUUGUCAGAAAGAACUGUAUGACUUCUUUCUGAAGAAGCCUGUUGUCCCUCUGGACUUCCAGAAAAGAAUAAUCAUCAUCUUCCACUGUGAAUUCUCCUCAGAGAGAGGUCCCCGAAUGUACCGUUUUCUGAGAGAAGAAGACAGGGCUCUGAACAAGUAUCCAGCAUUACACUACCCAGAGCUGUACAUCCUCAAAGGGGGCUACAGAGACUUCUUUCCAGAAUAUAUGAAGCUUUGUGAACCACAGAGCUACUGCCCUAUGCAUCACCAGGACCACCAGGCUGAGCUGCUGAGAUGUCGAAACCAGAGCAAAGCUCAGGAAGAGGAAUGGCAGCUUCAGGAGCAGAUUGCCCUCCUGGUGAAGGAUGUGAGCCCAUGAUAGUGGAUGAGCUACUGUCAGUGAAGGAAUCACAAAAGAUAUUAGAGAGAUCCUACAUAGAAAGAGGCCAUCUUCUAUUGAUUAAACCUAUGAUUGUUAAAAAAUGUCUUGCAGGUGGCUGUGGUGGUCCAUGCUUUUAGUCCUUGGGAGGCAGAGGCACGUGAAUGUCUGUGAGAUCAAGGCCAGCCCGGUCUAUAUAGAUAAUUCCAGGCUAGCUGAGGCUACAGGGAGACCACAAACAGAAAACAUCCUCAUCCACAUAGGAAGUUCAAGGCCAACCUGAGCUACAUCAGACCCUGUCUGAAACAAACAAAUUUCCUUUUUUUCAAUGAUUUUGAUGCAUGCUGAGGCUUAAGAACUAUUGAUCUAGAAUUAUGGGAAACUUUUUUUUGACAGAGUCUCCCUAGUCCCAGCCCUUCUGGAAGUCACUAUGUGAACCAGGCUGGCCUUGCUCUCACAGAGAUCUGCCUGCCUCUGCCUCCUG